AUGUCCAAGAACAGCCUCGACAACCUCGCUCCAAGCGUCAAGCCAACUCUUUUCAAUCCACGUAAGGGAAAGGCUCCACAACAGCCAUUUACCCAAAGAUCAGAUUCCAAUGAGGGAGCAGCUCAACCAUCCGUUGACACGGAGAUGGGAGACACCCUCGGCCCGGAGCCUGGUGUACUCGACCCUCAGCAUGGUAGUGAAGGAGUUGUACCAGCUCAACCAGCGGAGAAGAAAGAAGCGGUGAUCUUCGGCGCCGGAAUGUACGGAACAGUCUCUGCAGAUGGUAACCAUAAGUUCCAGUCCUCCAAGAUAUUUGGAAUUUCGUCCAAUGGCGGCAAAAACGUCGAAGUAGACGCGCUUAAGCUUGAGCUCGGAGCUGUCAGGGAUGAAUUGAAAACCUAUAAAAAGGAUGUUAAGAAACAAUUCGGCGCACUUGACAUGGAAAUCGUCGACCUCAAAACCGAAAACCGUCAAUUAGAAAAUAAGUGUAUGGACAAAGGCAUGCAGAUCGAUGAGCUUCUUGGUAUAGGAUCAUCAGCAGAUUGGAGGGAUACAGCGUCUGAGAAUGCCGCUGCGAGCAACUCCAUUAUCGAACGUCUGCGAAAUGAGCAGGCUACAUUGGCCAAGUACAAUGGUCGAAUUAUUCGAGAAAAAGAGAACCUAGAGAAGAAAGUUGAUGAACUUGAGGAGAAAAUCAAUGGUCUGGAGAGCGAAGAUCAAUUCAAGGGGCACAAGUUACAAGCUGCACAAGAUGUGUUGGAAGCUGCGAGGACUUGUCACCAGAUCGAGAUGGACCAAUUACGAACAAAAAACAACGAACUCAGCAACGCUCUUGAGGGACGUGAGAAUGAGUGCAGGGAGUUGUACGUUCAGGUCAACGGACUAAAGGACACGGUGGCACGACUAAGGCAGGACAUUGCCGAUACCAAAGCACUGGACCUUUCUGAUUUUAUAAUUGAGGAAGCCUACAAGGAGAGAGACGAAGCCAGAAGGGAAAUUGAUGAGGCUCGAGCACAGGGCAUCACGAAGGAAAGAAUUCAGUCACUCACCAAUGAGCGGGACGAACUUGUGCAACAGCUGAACCUUACCAGACAAGAGCUCAAUGAUUCCGUGCAAAAAGAAAGCGAUGCGCAGGUAAACCUUGCCUCCGUAAUGGCGGAGGUCGAGAAAAUGAGGCCAGAAUUCCAGCGUGUUUCCGAAAGAUCUGCCACCGUUGAUGGUCUGAAUCAAGCCAUUCACGAACUCCAGGCAGAGCUUAACACAGCCAAGAAUGACCUCAACAAUGCCAAUGCUGAACGCUCGCAAGCUAUCGAAGCCAAAGAAAAGGCCACAUUCGCUGCUAACCAAGCUUUAUUCAAAUUCAGUUCCACCAAUUCUGCCAGUGUGAUCCAACAGCUUCGCACAUCAAUCGAAAAGCAUGAAUCCGAGAAGACCAUGCAUCAAAUGAAGAUCAAUACGCUUGAGGCUGAGAUCACCAGCUCUGCCAAUACGAUCCAACAGCAUCGCACAUCAGUCGAAAAUCUUGAAUCCGAGAAGACCAUGCAACAAACUAGGAUCAACGCCCUUGAGGCUGAUAUCAUCAAGAUCCACAAAGACUACGAAAAAAACAUGCUCGCUGUUCGACGAGGCCACCAACACAUCGUCGAGAAGAAGGAUGCGGAGAUUGAUGGUCACCAUCAUAGGCUGUCUUUGGUACAAAGACAAAAAGAGGAAAUGGUCAAGGAGAAUGAUGAGAUGAUUCAGCAACUCAAAGCUGAAGUUUCUGCUGGUGAAGCUUCUGUCCAGAAACUUGUCUUGGAAACCAAACAAUCUGCUAGUGUUUCUGAGUUGGAAAAGAACCAGAUCAGAGGUGAACUUGUUGUUGCCAAAAACUCAGUCCUGGAAGUCCAAUCUUCCAACAAACUAAUUCGGGGAGGUCUCAUCAAGCUUCAAACAGAUAUUGAAUCGGCGAAGAAUCUCAUCGUGAAGACCGACACGAAGGCAAAGUUGGCAGAGAAAAAGUUAGCGGAGACAGUAAAGCUGCUUGUCAAAGAGCAAACUGCUCACAAAGAGUCGAAGAAACAUCAUGCUGUUGCUCUCAACGCUCAUUUGGGCAUGGGUAAAACUGCGAUGCUCAAGGACUAUUUUACUAAAAAGGCAUCCUCAAAUGCAACUGAUCAAGACGACCUUUUUGAGGUAGAAGAGGAAUUGGUAACUCCAGUCCGUACACGUACUAUCGUACGUGACGCACCAUCCAGACCCUCUUCAUUUGUACCAGACGCGUCUGAAAUUGCGCUCAUGAAGGCGACCGCUCGAGCUGGGCUCGAAAACGCUAGAGCCGAUGCCAAAGCCGAAUUCACUGAAGAUGUUAAGACCGAACUCCGAAAGGAAUUGGCUGAGAGCAUCAAGGUUGAACUCAGAGAAGAAUUGGUUGAAAGCACCAAGGUCGAGCUCAGAGAAGAAUUGGCUGAAAGCGUCAAGGCCGAAAUUGAGGACGCACUUUUAACAUCUUCCACAAUUCUCGGUCAAGAUGUUCAAACUACCCAGGAGUUGCCUUGGCUUUUGAGGGACAAGAGAACCGCCUCAAUCUUGCGGGUAUUGUCACAUUCGAUCCUGCAACUCCAACAUUUGUACACGGGACCGCUAACCGUGAUGGAUCAGCCAUGA